GUGAAUGAUCAGCCGGUGAUGAGACUGAAUUGAUCUCUUCAGCUCGUAGGAAAAACCGUAGAAAUUCAAAGGGGACGGAAGGAAAUUUUGAUCCGCCUUUCUUCUUGGUGGCAAAUUCAGAGGAAUUUUCAACGAAGGAGACGACGAGUCCACGAGUCACGCCUACACGGAACCCCGCCGGGAAUUAAUGCGGCCGCCCUCGCCACAACCACCGCAAUCCCCGUGCGGCCAUAUACUCGCAUCCGUGAGGGAAAAGCGUGCCGUGCUCUGGGCUCCGUCGCCGCCCGCAACCGCCGUCGAUAAUUUCCUGAAAGGUAGGGGGAGAGGGAGCGGUCGAUGGAGACGGUGGAGGAGGACGUGGAGGAGUACAGCUGGCGGGAGGUGGUGCUGCCGCACCUCGUUCCCGUGGUGCCAGACGCGCCGCCGGAGCUCGAGCGGGAGACCGGGGAGCGGCGCCGCGGCAGGGACCUACUCGUCGCCGUCGACUUCGGCCCCAACUCCAAGCACGCCUUCGACUGGGCGCUCGCGCACAUCGCGCGCAUCGCCGACACGGUCCACCUCGUCCACGCCGUCUCCAGUGUGCAUAAUGAUAUCGUGUAUGAGAAAAGUCGGGAGCUAAUGGAGGAUCUGGCUAUCGAGGCAUUCAAGACUUUAUUGGUCCGUACCAAGGCACGGAUUGUUGAAGGAGAUGCUGGUAAAGUUAUAUGCCGAGAAGCAGACCGACUGAAACCAGCAGCUGUCAUUCUUGGUACACGUGGUAGAGGACUUAUUCAAAGUGUGCUGCAGGGAAGUGUCAGUGAGUAUUGCUUCCACAACUGUAAAGCAGCACCAAUUAUCAUUGUGCCAGGCAAAGAAGCUGGUGAACAGUCUGUGCUUUGAAGGAAGAUAAGUGAGAGAUGGUGGCUUCUGUUUGUUGUACUUUCAGUUUAGGUGAUACAGUGUUGUAUAUUGUUGUUGGUUUGUUGUGGCAACAUGAUUUUAAGUGCUUUGUUUGUAAUCUGAAGUUCUGAACCCUCUGUGUAGCUUGGCUCAGAAGGAACAUUUAGAAAUUGGGAUUGUAGGCUUGUAGCAGACAUACAUAGAACACUAGAAAUGUACUUGUAUUGACAUUGCUGACAGAAUACUUCAUUAGUACAGUUGCUAUGAAUAAAGAAUCUUCAGCCACAAAUUUUUCUGUGGUUAAAACUCCA